AACACACUUUGGGGAUUAGUCGGUAAUCCCACACCCAAAGUGUGCAUGCGCAAACUAAAGUGCGCGCGUCGGGUGAGGGACCGAUCGUUACGAAUUCAACAACAAACUGCGAUCGCUGUUCACGUUUCCUUUCCGAUAAGUGGCGCUGAUGGAUUACACGAGGUAAGCUCAUGAAGACUUGGUGGCCACUUUUUCUUCUGUACAACACACCAAUGUGGAAGUGGACUGAAUCAAACUGACCUGGUGAUUUGUUUUAACAUGUGCACAUUUCUUCCGAGCCUGACAUUCACAAAAUCCUCAUUAAGGAUGUGAAAGUGCACAUAUUAAUGUUGUUUCCCCUCAGGGAUGGUUGUUCACUUGACAUGUCAGUGUCUGCAUCAAAGACAAGAUGUAUAAGUGUGAGUUGAUUGAGCUGAAGGACCUCACUGUGAACGAUCCCAUCGAGCUCACCGCUCCUACGGCCCACACGGCCCUGGCACCUGUAAACCCAGGUCAGCCCAGCCCCUUCUAUGUUGUCCGUCUGGUUGGAGACAGCACCAAAGCGCCCGGCUGUCAGACAGGAGAGGCUGGAGCAGGUCAUGACUUCCAGCCCUACACUCACACUCAUCUCACUUGGUGUGACCUGUGUGGGGAAUUCAUCUGGGGUCUUUAUAAGCAGAGUUUGCGCUGCACCAACUGCAGUUACACUUGUCACUACCGCUGUCGACCAUUCAUCCAGCUGGACUGCAGCACAGAUGGAAGGCUAUUAACAGACCAGGCAGAUUUCUCUGUUGACUCUAUUGAAACAGACACAAAUGUGGAUGAACAGAUCGAUUUGGGUAAAAAAGACUUAAGUGCUGGUGAGAUUCACCAGAAGGUUAUGGAGUAUAAUGCUCAGGUCAACAGCAAUUUCUACAUGGUGGUUAACAAAGACGGGUCCUACACUGGUUUCAUCAAAGUCCAUUUUCAGUUAGUGCGUCCGAUCUCCCUCCCUCCUCCUCAGAAGCUGCGCUCCACACAGGAGGAUGAUCAGCAGUCUAAACAGAUUAGACGGCGGACAUCUUUCUACCUCCCCAAAGAUACUGCAAAGCACCUGCAUGUAAGCUCCCAAACACGGGCACAAGAAGUCAUCGAGGCAUUGCUCAACAAGUUCACCGUGGUGGACAACCCAGCCAAGUUUGCCCUGUUUGAACGCACUGAGAGACAAAGUCAAGUGUACAUGCGAAAACUGUCUGAUGAUGAAUGUCCACUCUACCUACGCUUGUGUGCUGGCCCCAGUGAAAAAGUUCUGAGUCUGGUUUUGAAAGACAGUGAGACAGGGGAUGUCAAUUGGGAUGCAUUUAGCAUUCCUGAGCUGCACAACUUCCUGCGUAUUCUGCAGCGUGAGGAAGAAGAGUACAUCCGUCAGAUUGAGAAGCGCUACGCUUGUGCUAGAGAGAAGAUGAAGCAGGCCAUGGCAAGGAUUACUACCCCUGGCUGAUUUAGAGUGAUGCCGCUGAUCCUCAAAUUUCUACAUGAAAAAGAACAUUCUGCCACUUUGAAAAAUACCAUAGGAAUAUUUACAGCAAUGUAAAAGGGAAGGAAAGGACUCAGUGAUGUUGGUUUGAAUAAAGGCUGUUUAUGAAGCAAGGAUACAGCUGUUACAUUUAAUGUGACCUAUGCCUAAGGGCGCUGCCACUUUUUGUGCAAUUGGAGUCACUGCUAUGAACUGGAUUGGCGAAAACAACAACAACAACAACAAACAAAAAUGAUCAUGGAUUAAAUUCAUUGCAGGUAUUUCUUGAAGAAUUAAAAACAUGCUGCUUGAUUAGAUUAUUUAAGACACAUUUGAGUCAUUCUGGGAAUUUAUCUGGUUUGUCUUUAGAUUAUGUGCCGUUUAGAUUCCUUAUCUUUUUGACUGUUUUUAAAUGUUGACACUUUAACUUGUGAAAUGGAUUGAAUUUUGGACAUUAAAAUGUGAAACUGUGUUUAUGCUAUAUAUAACAAACUGGUGACAAUAAAUCAU